GCCAUUCCCAAUUUGAAAAAGCUCUUGAUUUUCUUUUUAAUGGUGUUUUUACUUGCCACUGGGAAUCUCCAUGGCUAUUACUUGUGUGCUGUUGUUUUUCGUGGUUUUGGUUGGAUUGUCGGGGGACUGCAUUGCUGGCCAAAUUGGUUUAGGUUCAAGGUUGCUGGCUAGUGACCAAGGACCACCUUGGGUUUCCGAUAAUGGAACCUUUGCUUUUGGUUUCACCCCGUCGGAGACUCGUGACCGGUUUCUGCUCGGAAUUUGGUUUGCCGACCUUCCUGGAGACAGAACCAUGGUCUGGUCUGCUAAUAGGAACUCUCUAGUCACGAAAGAUGCACUCGUGGAGCUAGACACCACCGGAAACCUCGUACUCAUCGACGGGGACAUUACCGUUUGGACGUCGAACACGUCGGGAAGCCGAGUUGAGUUCGCUGUCAUGUCGGAAUCCGGCAAUUUCAUUCUUUAUACUGCUAACAACCGCCUUGCAUGGCAGAGUUUUGCGUAUCCGACCGAUACGCUUCUACCUAACCAAGCCUUGACGGUGUCACUUGAAUUAACAUCAUCGAAAUCGCCGUCUCACGGUGGCUAUUAUGGACUCAAGAUGCUUCAACAGCCUACUUCGUUAACCCUUGCCUUAACAUACAACCUGCCUCACUCUAUUGAUGAUUCCCCUGAAGGUUACACAAACUACUCCUAUUGGGCUUCGCCGGAUAUAUCCAAUGUUACCGGCGAUGUCGUUGCGGUGUUAGAUGAAGCGGGAAGCUUCGGAGUUGUGUAUGGACAAUCAUCAAAUGGUGCAAUUUAUGUGUACAAGAAUGAUGGAGACUAUGACGGUUUAUCUUCGGCUACGAAUAAAUCGAAUGUACGAUUAUUGGUCCUAAGGAGGUUGAUCAUCGAGACUAAUGGCAAUCUACGUUUGUAUAGAUGGGAUAACGAUGUUAAUGGUUCACGUCAAUGGGUGCCUGAAUGGGCGGCAGUCUCGAACCCUUGUGACAUUCCCGGCAUAUGUGGCAAUGGAAUAUGUAAUUUGGAUAGAAGCAAGACAAAUGCUUCUUGUACAUGCUUCCCCGGUACUUCUAAGGUAAACGGUGCAGCCGGUGAAUCCUAUUGUUCGCGGAACUCAUCAGUGACCGAAAACUGCGAUCGUAGGAACAAAAACCGGACUUCGGACUUUAAGAUUGCAACGGUACAACAAACCAACUACUACUUCUCUUACGCUUCGGUGUUGGCUAAUUACAGUGACAUUGCCACGGUCUCGAGGUGUGGUGAUGCUUGUUUAUUAGAUUGUGACUGCGUUGCAUCGGUUUACGGGUUGGACGACGAGAAACCGUACUGCUGGAUCCUGAAGAGCCUGGACUAUGGAGGAUUUGAGGACCCUGGUUCAACCCUGUUUGUGAAAGUCAGGUCCAAUGUGUCAUUGGAACCAGGUGGUGAUACAGGAGGGUCUGGCUCUGGUGAUGCUUCGAAUGUUCACGAGAAGGUUUUGGUUAUUCCAAUUGUAUUAGCCAUGGGUGUCCUCAUUGGCCUAUUGUGUCUACUACUGUAUUACAAUGUUCAUAGGAAAAGAUAUCUAAAAAGAUCCAUUGAAAGCUCUUUGAUCUUGGAAGGGGCUCCGUUGCAUUUCAGCUACCGCGAUUUGCAGCUUCGUACUAGCAAUUUUUCUCAGCUGCUCGGAACAGGAGGAUUCGGAAGUGUAUAUAAAGGAAGCCUUUCGGAUGGUACAUUAAUUGCCGUGAAGAAACUCGACCGUGUUUUCCCGCAUGGACAAAAGGAGUUCAUAACUGAAGUGAAUACAAUUGGAUCUAUGCAUCAUAUGAACUUGGUUCGCCUGUGCGGUUACUGCUCCGAGGGUUCACACCGUCUUCUGGUUUAUGAGUUCAUGAAAAAUGGAUCCUUGGACAAGUGGAUAUUUCCUUCCUAUCAGUGCCGGGAUAGGUUACUGUAUUGGCCAACUCGGUUCCAUAUUGCUGUCGCGACUGCACAAGGGAUUGCUUAUUUUCACGAGCAAUGCAGGAACCGAAUAAUACACUGUGACAUCAAGCCGGAAAAUAUCCUUUUGGACGAGAACUUUUGCCCCAAAGUAUCGGAUUUCGGACUAGCUAAGUUGAUGGGAAGAGAGCACUCACAUGUUGUCACUAUGGUAAGAGGUACUAGAGGGUAUUUAGCACCGGAAUGGGUUAGCAAUCGUCCUAUAACCGUAAAGGCCGAUGUUUACAGUUAUGGAAUGCUACUUUUGGAGAUUCUCGGUGGCCGAAGAAACCUCGACAUGUCUUACGAUGCCGAAGACUUCUUUUACCCUGGAUGGGCCUAUAAGGAGAUGACAAACGGAACGCCACUUAAAGCCGUGGAUAAGCGACUAGGAGGUGCAGUCGACGAAGAAGAGUUGACGAGAGCACUGAAAGUUGCCUUUUGGUGCAUACAAGAUGAGGUCUCCAUGAGACCUUCAAUGGGGGAAGUGGUGAAAAUGCUCGAAGGUUCGAUGGAUAUCGGGGCACCGCCGAUGCCUCAAACAGUUUUGGAACUGGUUGAGGAAGGGUUGGAACAGGUUUACAGAGCAAUGAAAAGAGAUUUUAAUCAAUCAAGCUCGUUUACAAUGACUACCUGUACUGGUACAUCAUCUCGGGCUACCUGCAGUUACUCUACAAUGUCACCUAGAUGAUGAAAAAGAUUAAUAAGAACUGAACUUUUGGAUGCUUAAUGACCCAAUGUUCUAGUUUUAUUUUUUUGGUUAUUAAAUUAUAAUUUCAUCAA